UGGGUCUGCUUACUGCUGCAUGUAUUAGCCAGCUGUAACUCCUUGUGUUACUUCACCAUGCUGCAGCUAACCUUACAUUGUUCCAGACAUUUUGUUCUGAAGAGAAAUAUCUUUUUAUUCUGUCGUAGGCAGGCCGCAGCAAUGUCUACACUGUUAAUUAACCAACCACAGUAUUCAUGGCUGAAAGAUCUAGGCCUGAAGGAGGAAAAUGAGGGAGUUUACAAUGGUACAUGGGGAGGAAAAGGAGAGAUUGUGACAUCGUAUUGUCCUGCUAAUAACUUGCCAAUUGCCAGAGUUAAACAGGCCAAUCUGGAAGACUAUAAUGAAACGGUUAAUAAAGCAAAAGAAGCAUGGAAAAUCUGGGCAGAUAUUCCUGCUCCAAAACGUGGUGAGAUAGUACGACAAAUUGGUGAUGCACUUCGAAAGAAGAUCAAACUUCUUGGACAUCUGGAAUCUCUGGAGAUGGGAAAAAUUUUGGUUGAAGGUGUUGGAGAAGUUCAGGAAUAUAUUGAUAUUUGCGACUUUGCAGUUGGCCUUUCUCGUAUCAUUGGGGGGCCUAUUUUACCUUCAGAAAGACCUGGCCAUGCUCUGAUUGAACAGUGGAACCCUGUGGGUUUGGUUGGCAUUAUCACUGCCUUUAAUUUCCCAGUGGCAGUCUAUGGCUGGAAUAACGCACUUGCACUUAUUUGUGGGGAUGUCUGUCUAUGGAAAGGCGCUCCUACAACAUCUCUAACUAGUGUAGCUGUUACAAAAAUAGUUGCUCAAGUUUUAGAAGACAACAACUUGCCAGGAGCCAUCUGUUCUUUGACAUGUGGUGGGGCUGACAUUGGCAAUGCCAUAGCCCAGGAUGAAAAAGUGGACCUAGUGUCAUUCACUGGCAGUACUAAUGUGGGAAGACAGGUAGCACUUAAAGUUCAAGAAAGAUUUGGCCGCAAAUUGUUGGAACUCGGUGGGAACAAUGCAAUUAUUGUGUUUGAAGAUGCAGAUCUUAACCUUGUCACUCCUUCAGUUCUUUUUGCUGCUGUUGGUACAGCAGGACAGAGAUGUACAACAGCCAGGCGACUGUUUUUACAAGAAAGCAUUCACGAUGAAAUUGUGGAAAAGCUGUCAAAAGCCUAUGCACAAGUGCGCAUUGGAGACCCAUGGGAAUCUGACACUUUGUGUGGUCCUCUUCACACUAAGCAGGCUGUCGAAAUGUUUCUUUCUGCAAUUGAGCAAGCAAAAUGUGAAGGCGGUGAAGUGGUAACUGGUGGAAAAGUAAUUGAUCGUUCUGGAAACUUUGUGGAACCAACCAUCAUAACUGGGCUUUCACACAAUUCACCCAUCGUUCACAAAGAGACUUUUGCUCCAAUACUCUACAUUCUAAAGUUUAAGUCUGAAGAAGAGGCUUUUGCUUGGAAUAAUGAGGUGAAGCAAGGUCUUUCAAGUAGCAUCUUUACUAAGGAUCUUGGAAGAAUAUUCCGAUGGCUGGGGCCAAAGGGAUCUGAUUGCGGAGUGGUGAAUGUCAACAUUCCUACUAGUGGUGCUGAAAUUGGUGGAGCUUUUGGCGGUGAGAAGCACACAGGUGGAGGCAGAGAGUCCGGAAGUGAUUCAUGGAAACAUUAUAUGAGACGAUCUACCUGCACUAUAAAUUACAGUAAAGAUUUGCCACUGGCACAAGGAAUAAAGUUCCAGUGAACAGCCACUAGAUGGUGAAACAAGCUGAUAUUUCAAGACAACUGGAAAAUUUCUUCUUGCAACAAUCUGCCGCAACUCCUCACUCGAUAUUUGACAAAUAUUCACUUUAUAAAAGUAAAUCUUUUAAAUGCAUUGCUUGAUUUUUGUAAUCUGAACCAAAAAAACUAAAAUACAGCAGGUGUCUGUCAACAAAAAGCAAAUAUACCUGGCAACUGUUGCACCAGAUUUUUUCACAAUUUUCUCAAUGUCUUAUGUAGGAAUGCCUCCUCCAUAAAUUUGUGAUUAUGUUUUUUGUUUUCUUCCAUAGAAGAAAAAUAAAGUUUAUAUUUCCCAA